AACUAAAGCUUAACAGGUUGGUGGUAUAAUUUGGAGACUUUCAGGGGUGUCACGCCAGAAGCUUAGGCAAGAGAUAGGGCAUCUCUUCCCCAGCUCCCCAGGCACCGUCCAGCUGGGGUUGAAAAGCAGACAAGUGACAAGAGGAAAAGAGGUGGAAGCAGGCAAAAUAGGUGACAUUUCUCAGUGAAGUUUGAGAGGGGCCCAUGGCCAUGAGUGAGCUGGGCACUCCGAAGACCAGUGAUGGCACCGUCUCUCGCCUGCUCAACGUGGUGGAAAGUGAGCUUCAGGCAGGGAGGGAAAAAGGCGACCCUACGGAGAAGCAACUUCAGAUCAUUCUGGAGGAUGCCCCUCUCUGGCAGAGAUUCAAGGAAGUCACUAAUGAAAUGAUCGUCACCAAGAACGGCAGACGGAUGUUCCCUGUCCUCAAGAUUAGUGUUACGGGGCUGGACCCCAAUGCCAUGUAUUCCCUCCUGCUGGACUUUGUCCCGACGGACAGUCACCGCUGGAAGUACGUCAAUGGGGAAUGGGUGCCCGCGGGCAAGCCAGAGGUUUCCAGCCACAGCUGUGUCUACAUCCACCCAGACUCUCCCAACUUCGGUGCCCACUGGAUGAAGGCUCCCAUCUCCUUCAGCAAAGUGAAGCUGACCAACAAGCUCAAUGGAGGUGGGCAGAUAAUGUUGAAUUCUCUGCAUAAAUAUGAACCCCAAGUUCACAUAGUGCGUGUUGGAGGUGCCCAUCGAAUGGUGAUGAACUGCUCCUUCCCCGAAACCCAGUUCAUAGCUGUGACUGCUUAUCAGAACGAGGAGAUAACUGCUCUCAAAAUCAAGUACAACCCUUUUGCCAAAGCCUUCUUGGAUGCCAAGGAAAGGAACCACCUCAAAGAUGUGCCGGAAGCUAUCUCUGAGAGCCAGCACGUGGCUUACUCUCACUUGGGAGGCUGGAUCUUAUCUAAUUCGGAUGGGAUGUGCACAGCAGGAAAUGCCAAUUACCAGUAUGCUACUCCUUUGCCUCUGUCUGCUCCCCACACCCACCACGGCUGUGAGCACUAUCCUGGCCUCCGAGGACACCACCGCCAGGCUCCCUAUCCUUCUGCCUACAUGCAUAGAAACCAUUCUCCCUCAGUGAAUUUGAUAGAAAGCUCCAGCAAUAAUCUGCAAGUUUUCUCUGGAGCUGACAGCUGGACUUCCUUAUCCUCCACACCCCACGCCAGCAUCCUGUCUGUACCCCAUACCAGCGGACCAAUCAAUCCAGGGCCUAGCCCCUACCCGUGCCUGUGGACCAUCAGCAACAGCGGCGGGGGCCCCGCCGGGUCGGGCCCCGAGGUGCACACCAGCUCCCCGGGAGCCUUUCUUCUGGGAAACCCAGCUGUUACUUCACCCCUCUCCACCCAGGCACCCACUUCGGCUGGUGUGGAGGUUCUGGGGGAGCCCUCACUGACCAGCAUUGCUGUGUCCACCUGGACCGCAGUGGCCUCGCAUCCCUUCUCGGGCUGGGGCAGCCCCGGUGGGUGUGGGCGCCAUUCUCCCUCCUCAUUGGAUAGUUAAACAGGAGCCCAGGGAAGGUGUUGGCAGAGAACCUUCUAUGUGUAGAGAUCUUAGAGAUCCCACCUACUGAUACCAGUGAAUCAGGCUCCAGGAUCUAGCCAACCAGUGAGCAGGAUUAUACCAGAAGUACACUGGGAGAUGGUUUAGUUUGGAUGAUGCUAAUUUUGUCACCUGCAUCUCUCCACCAUUUUCUUUUUGUGCUCUCAUUUUCUCUGCACCUUAUCCAUGCCAUGCUUAGGCAACAAAAGUUUACUGAGAACCUUCCUUGUGCCCUGCCCCUUUCUCUUCAAAUGGUUCUAGAAAGCUGCCCUUCCUGUUCUGUGGAGGUGAUGCAAAGCUGUUAAGUGAGCUCUAAAUUGACCUAGCCUAAGGCCACCGCUUUGUAGCUUUGGGCAGCCCUAGAAAGUCUGUCUGUCUGGAGAUCUUCAGCUCUGAGACUAAGAGAGGGUGCAAGUUCAAAGAGGAAAGUUAAGCAAUAGAGCUAAUCACAGAGUACAGCAUUGAGAACUGAGGAAAGGAGAUCAUGUCACUCCCUUGCUCAGAAACCUUCCAUGGCUCACCAUUGCCUGCAGAAUGACACUUAACUGAGGUCCUCUACCAUCUGGCCUCAGACCACUUAUUCAGCUUCAGCCUCCCCCCCCAGCCUUCCCACCUCCCAGGGACAAGCCAAAGCACCAAUCCCUGCAUCAAGUGCUGAUCUGCUCAGGCACAUUUGACCUGGCUCCCUGCUCCCCCAUUGGUUUUGCCUUUGUUAUAGAGAACUCACCUCAUUCUGCCUUCUAUUUUGAUUACCUGUGUGUGUGUGUCUCUCUCUCCCACUAGACUGUGAGCCCCUUGAGGGUGAGGCCCAGCCUUCUUGUCUUGGUUCCCCCCCCAGCACCUCGUUCUAUGCCUUGCCUAUAGUAGGUGCCCAAUAAACACUG